AUGCGUUCGAGCUUACGUCUCCUCGCGGCCCCGGUGACCCAGCCGUUUCGGCCUGGACAGCGCGCUCCUACUCUGGCCCUCCUCCCACCCAUUCCUCUGUAUCGACGACUGUUGCGCAUCCACCGCAAAAAGCUCGGUGCGGAAGAGCGCAUCUUUGGCGAUACCUACCUCAAAGCGGAAUUCCGCCGGCAUCGAGACAUCGAGAACCCGCUUCAUAUCGUCGGGUUCUUGACAGAGUGGCAACAGUAUGCACAACAGCUCGAGGGAGAUGAUUGGAAAGACCGAAAAAUCGAGAAGGAUCUCUUAGACAAGAUGAGCGACCAGCAGGUUGGACAAUUGUAUGAGCUCAUGCAAGCCAUUCAGAAAAGGGGUCGGGAUAGUGUAGAUGAGGAAGAGGAAGGCACGAUUUCACAGGCGAUUGACGACGCCACGGCCGGUAUUAAACACUCAUGA